CAGCAACUGAGACUAAGUAUGCGCAAACAGAAAAAGAGGCUCUGGCGGUUACUUGGGCAUGUGAGCGGUCAAGCAACUACAUAAUUAAAAAGGCGAUAAUAAUAGAAACUAACCAUAAACCACUGGUUCCCCUGCUAACCCAACACACGGUCGACAAACUACCUCCAAGGCUACAACGCUAUAAGAUGAGACUCAUGAGAUUUCACAUCAAGGAAGUCCGACACGUACCUGGAAAACUACGCUACACAGCUGACACUUUGUCAAGAAAAAUACCUGAGGGCACAGCUCAACCAACGAUAGCAGAACAGGAAAUGAAUACCUACACCUCCAGUGUAAUGGAAGCACUCCCGGCAUCAAAUCCAAGAUUGAAACAAAUACAACAAGCUCAAGAUGAGGAUGAGGUAUGCAAAGAAGUGAAGAAGUACUGCAUGGAUCAAUGGCCAGACAAGGAUCAUGUCACCCGGGCAGUAAAACCAUACUGGUCAGUACAAGGAGAACUCACAAUUGUUGACGGGUUAUUACUAAAAGGAACAAGACUAGUUAUUCCAUCCAAUCUUCAACGCCAAACCCUUGCCCAAAUACACCAAGGUCACCAAGGGAUUAACAAAUGCAGAGAACGAGCCAAGAUAUCCGUUUGGUGGCCAGGACUUAGUGCACAAAUCAAAACUAUGGUUGAAAAUUGUACACCUUGCAGCAAGCACAGACAACAGCAUGCAGAACCGUUGAUCCCAACGCCACUCCCAGCAAGACCAUGGCAACUGAUCGCAACAGACUUGUUUAUUCUAGAAAAGGUGACCUAUCUACUAGUGGUAGAUUAUUAUUCUCGAUAUGUUGAAGUUGUGGCACUAACCAAAGAUACAAGUUCAACAAAGAUAAUACAAGCUUUAAAAGCCAUCUUCGCCAGGCACGGGAUUCCGGACGAAGUACGUUCCGACAAUGGGCCCCAAUACCACAGUGACGAGUUCGCCCAGUUUGCAAAAGAAUGGGGAUUCAAGCAUAGUACCAGUAGUCCUCGCUAUCCUCAAGCGAAUGGAGAGGUAGAACGGGCAGUAAGGACAGUGAAAAAUAUCUUGAAGAAAGAAAAAGAUCCCGCAAAAGCAAUGUUAGCAUAUAGAUCAACACCAUUAGCAAGUGGAUAUUCGCCAGCGGAACUCCUCAUGGGGAGAAAGAUAAAAUCAACAAUACCAAUAAUGACACAACAGCUCACACCGCAGCUACCAAACCAGGAACUUUUUAAAGCAAAGGAAGAAGAAUAUAGAUUGAAACAGAAGAAGAAUUUUGAUAAUCGCCAUAAUGCUCGAACCAUGAAGCCUUUGACAUCAGGAACAACAGUUUAUGUGACAGAUAUGAACUGCACAGGAACAGUAAUCAAAACAUCCAACAAACCAAGAUCAUAUUUGGUUGACACCCCUAUGACGGUUAUAAGAAGGAACAGAGCACAUCUACGUAGUAUUCCAAAUCACACCAUAAUUCAGCAAGUCGACAAGAAACAAGAGAAACAGGAAGACCCACCUAAUACGAAUACGAACAACAGACCGAAAAGAAUAAAAACACUUUCUUUAAAGGCCAGAGAGAAUCUGGGACUAGAAUAACUAAGUACCGUAUGGCAUUAGCUAUAAAGACAGAACAAUACAGUCGUUGACAUUAUGUUGACAAAUCGAAGAAAAGGGAGAUGUAGUGUGAUAUAACAAAUAGUAACUCACUAAUAUUACUUAUUACUAAUAUUAACUAAUGACGUCAGGAUGUAUAUAAA